AUGAAUGCAUGGGGGCUCAAGCAAAAAGCUACAAAGCAUGAAGCACAGAAAGGCACCAGCCACACUCAGCUGCAAUGGGAAAGGUUCUGGUACAUCACCAAGGCCGAGGUUGAUGCACUGGUUGAGGCCAACCCAGAGAUCAAAUGGCCUGAAGUAAAAGCCAAUGAUGCUGAAGAGAUACACAAGCGUGUUAAUGCUUAA